AACUCAAGAAUAGUACUGCACAUCUUCCUCUUCCGCUCAUGAAGUAGUUCUACAAGAACCUGAUGAUGCCCCCAGAGUUGCAAGUCGGUAGCAGAUGUGUGAUGGAACUGCACGAUCUGCAGCUUACCACAAGGAUUGCAGGAUACUGUUUAAGAUUUCAGAGAUAGAUUGUUCUAUGAUCAUAAACAUCAUCUUUUCAUGUGGCGAGGAUUUCACUUGAUCCAGAGAAGCCGAUGUCAUCCAGCACAGCCACCAGCGGUAUUGAUGAGGCUCUGCAUGCACUCAGGUCAGCGAGCAGUUCUCUGCAAAAUAUUCACUUCCACCAGUCUCAAAUCAGUUCAAGCUCUUGCCAGAUAGCAGAGAAUUCGAUGAGCAUCAACAUCUCUACGAACAGAGAAGGUGCUCGAUUCCUCUGUCAGCUUCUUGGUGAGAUGGCAGUGCAAGGGGGCAGCUUCAAGAAUCUCAUGAACUUGGCAUUUAAUGGAAUGCAGUGGGAGCAGAGGCAACUUGAGAGCUUGUGUUCGUUGCUCGAUGUCAGUCCAAGCCUCAUAUACCUGGAGUUCCAAAGAAACAGGUUCCGCAACGAAGGCGUGCGAGAGCUAUCAGAAAUGCUCGAAAGAAACAAAGCAAUCAAAGCAGUCAUAUUCUCCCAGUGUCGGAUCGAGGCGGCCGGUGCGAGCCUUCUGUCGUCGGCGUUGACGAAGAACGACACACUGGAAGAACUCCAGAUAUGGGAGGACUCGAUCGGUUCGAGAGGAGCCGAAGACCUCGCGAGAGCGAUUGAGGUGAACCCAACACUAAAACUGCUGAUCGUAUUCGACAAGGAAUCCAUCACUGCAACACCGCUCAUCUCCGCGAUACUAGCAAGGAGUCGGAAUAUGGAAGUUCAUAUAUGGAGUAGAGAUAAUGGUGACAGGAGCUCCAAGGUAGUCGAGUUCACCCCUGAAGACAACACCCUGAGGAUCUACAAGCUUGAGGCUUCAGGUUCCCGGAGAGUGGCCUGUGCAUUGGCAUGGAAUUCUACUGUGAGGACCCUAGACAUGUCAGGAAUUCGUCUGAGAUCGAGGUGGGCGAAGGAGUUCAGAGUGGCCUUAGAACAGAACACAAGCCUGAAAGAUGUCAGAUUGUCAAGAACUUGCCUUAGAGACAAGGCAGUGGUGUAUGUAGCUGCCGGGCUUUUCAUGAACCAGAGCUUAGAGAACUUGCAUCUGGAUCAGAACUGGUUGACUGGAGUCGGUGUGGAGCAUCUGCUGUGUCCCCUGAGCAGGUUCUCUGCGCUGCAAAAUCAAGCGAACACGACAUUGAGAUCAUUGGUUUUCGGGGGAGGGAAGACAAAGAUCGGAAAAGCAGGUUUAGCAGCGAUCCUUAGAAUGCUGGAGACGAACCAGACCAUUGUUCGAUUGGGCAUCUGCGGUGAUGCUAGUUUGAAGCCAGAUGAUAUCGUCAAAAUCUUCAGGAUCUUGGAAAGAAAUGCAACACUACGGUGGCUAUCCUUGGAAGGGUGUGCAGGGGUUCAAGGAGAAAUGGUGUUGCAGGCCAUAAUGGAGACCUUGCAGGUCAAUCCUUGGAUCGAAGAGGUCGAUCUUGGUCGAACACCUUUGCAAAUCGCUGGGAAGACGGAUGGGAUCUACGAGAAGCUGGGGCAGAACGGGAGCAUGGUGGCAGAGGAUGACUUGGUUGAUGACUUGCCACUGACCAUGCCCAGAUGCUGCAGAAUCUUCCUCUGUGGCCAAGAAGAUGCAGGAAAAAGCACCCUGUGUAACUCCAUCUUCUGCAACAUGAACUCUUCGAAGCUACCUUACGCGGAUCAGAUGAGAAGUCUGGUGACUUCUAUCGAGCAGAUCAUGCGAAGGGCAGUCAUCAAGAUAAAGACUAUAUAUGAUGGUGAUAUAAAGAUCUCGAUCUGGAACCUCGCUGGUCAACAUGAGAACUUUGCAUUACAUGACCUCUUCUUUCCAGGCUAUGGAAGCCCCUCGUUCUUCCUGAUAGUAUCCAGCUUGCUCCAAAAGCCUGCCAACAAAGAACCGAAGAGCCCAGAGGAGAUUGAGGAUGACCUCCUCUACUGGCUCAAGUUCAUAGUUUCAAACUCCAGGAGGGCAACAGCACAGUCCAUGCUACCAUAUGUCACCAUAAUUCUCACCCACUCCGACAGAGUGUCGCAGCAAUCGGGCGUCCUGCAGUCAACUGCUAAUUCCAUACAAAGACUCAAGGAGAGGUUCCAAGGUUUUGUGGAUUUCUAUCCCACUGUCUUCAUGGUAGAUGCAAGAUCAUCCAUGUCAGUGAGCAAACUCGCACAUCAUCUGCGAAAAACCAGUGAAACCAUCCUCCAAAGGGUUCCCCGAGUCUUUGAGUUGUGCGAUGACCUGCGAACAAUCCUGUCAAAUUGGAGGUCUGAAAACUGCAACAAGCCAGCGUUGAGAUGGAAGGAAUUCGGUGAGUUGUGCCAGCUUAAAGUCCCAGCAUUGAGAAUUCGAUCGAGGCACAACAACAUCGACAGGGUGGAGCGGCGGCGGCGUGCAGUAGCAAAUUCUUUGCACCACAUCGGAGAGGUGAUCUUCUUCGACGAUCUCGGGUUUCUGGUCUUGGACUACGAAUGGUUCUUCGGAGAGGUGCUCAGCCAGCUGGUAACAUUAGAUGCAGCAAACAUGGAAAGAUUCGAGAAAAUUGGCUUUGUGAGCAGGACAGACCUGGAGAAGAUGUUAAGAAGAACAAUGCAGCAUCAGAAUCCUCUGAUGGGCUCAAAAGUGCACGACAAUAUGGAGGCUGGUGAUCUCAUAAAGAUGAUGCUAAAAUUGGAACUGUGCUAUGAACAAGAUCCUGGUGACCCACAAACUCUUCUUCUGAUACCAUCAAUUCUUGAAGAAGGCAGAGGAAGAAAUCAGGGAUGGCAACCGAGCUCUCCUGAUUGUGUCUAUGUUGGGAGGCAACUGGAAUGUGAUCACUGGCACAUGUUUCUGACAAAAGGCUUCUUUCCCAGACUACAGGUGAAUCUAUACAACAAAAUACUGGGAUCCAAGAACCAACAAGGUGCAGUUUACAGCCUAGAGAGAAACCUCAUCUGCAUGAUCAUCAAUGGAGUCCAUGUCAGAGUGGAAAUUGGGGGUCAACUCGGCUCCUACAUCGAUGUUCUUGCGUGUUCUACGAAGACCGUCACGGAAACUCUCAGACUCUUCCACCAUCUCAUAAUCCCAGCAAUCCAAAGUAUGUGCCCCAGCAUCACCUUCGCAGAGAACAUUAUAAGACAAGACUGUGUCAGAUAUCUGAUACCAUCGAGGUCGAGGAAAACCCAGUGUGUGCCUCUGCAACAGAUAAAGCAGGCUUUGCUCUCCAUGCCCGCAGACAGCAUGUACGAUUACCAGCACACCUGGAGUUCACUCGUGAGCAAUAACAAGCUCAUCUUGCAGUCUGGUUCAGAUUAUGCAAGAGGUCUACUGUCCGAUGAGGAUUUCCGAGAGGUGCUACACCGGAGGUACUACGAUCUGCGUCAUCUCGCCGUGGAGCUGGCCGUGCCAUUUGAGAGCUCGCAGGAGUCUGCCAAAGUGGUCGUAAACGACGCUCAACACACCAUCGAACCCUCUCUAUCGGGCAUCGCGAAGGGCGUAGAAGUAGUUCUGCAGCGGCUGAAAGUUCUGGAGCAGGAAAUCAAGGAUCUGAAGCAGGAGAUUCAAGGACUCAGAUACUACGAGCACCAGCUUCUCAUCGAGCUUCACAGGAAGGUCGACUAUCUCGUGAGCUUCGACGUCCAGUUGGAAGAAAGGAAGGUGCCGCGUCUGUUCUACUUCGUCCAGGUACAGAACAACUCCAGAAGACUGAUCACGACACUGCUUCCGGGCAUGACGUCGCUUCGGCUGCACAUGCUGUGCGAGUUCAAGAGGGAGAUGCAUGUGGUGGAAGACCAGAUGGGCUGUGAGCUGAUGCAGGUAGAUAACCAGGCGAUCAAGUGCUUGCUGCCUUACAUGAGUGGAUUGAUGAAGCUCCUGACUUUUGCUCUCAAGAUAGGAGCGCACGUUGUGGCAGGGAUGGGGCAUAUGAUACCUGAUUUGGCAAAGGAGUUCGCUCACCUGAUCGACUCGUCGCUUCUGUACGGAGGGGCGGCCGCCAUGACCGCCGGGGCCAUCGGAUACGCAGCAACCGGACAAGGAGGAAGAAGGUUCAGAAGCAGAAGUGGAGAGAGAAACAUGGCGCAGGAGGUGGUAGGUGCCCAGCAAUGGCUAUUAGAUUUCUUGAACUCUCAGAGGAUUGCAACCGGAAAGGACAUAGCUGAGAGAUUUGGCUUAUGGAGGGUGAGGUACAGUGACACCGGUAAUAUUGCAUGGAUCUGCAGAAAACACAUGAUACUGAGAAGAAAUGAAGUCAUGGAGGUGCCAGUUUGACGCAUAUAGAUUUAUCAUCACAUCUAUCUUGUUGCUUCGUUGAACAAAAUCAAAUAAUUGUUUUACAUGUAGAUCCAAGAGAGAGCUUCCUACUCCACUCCACCUUCGACA